GGGAAGCUUUUGACUAGCUAGCAAAAAUUAAAAAUUUUCAUGUAUUUACAUAGGCCUCUCUGUAAUAAUCUUAAUUUUAUUUAAUAGAGGUAAAGGUUAUUAGUUGAUGUUGGAUGAUUUAUUUUGAUGUCAUUGUUGCAUUUACUUUUUUUACACACAGUAACCAACAUUCUUAGAAGUGUAUUAAUUAUUGAUAUCAAAUUGUUUAGUGCAUUCUCUACGAAAUUAGAUCAAAACUGGACAUUGAAAGAACAGAAACUACGCGCACAAAUUGAUCAUUUAGAAAUAAUGGUUCAUAAUUUACAGCAGCAAAUAAAAGAACAAGAGGAAGAAAAAGCAAAACACCGCCAUCAUCAGCAACAGCAACAGCCUUCUAAUCAGUUUGUUGAAGAACAUAUUAUCUCGAAUACAAAUCAGUCUAAUACUUUAGAAAGUGUUCCAAUUCGACAGGAUAAUAAAUCAAACUCCUAUGAACAGCCGACAGCAACUCAUUUGUUUGCACAAAUAACUGGAUUCGAUGUUGAAGAAUUGGAAGAUGCCAUUAUAAUGUUACGAGAACGUAAAUCAAAAUCACAAUCUACAGAUAGAAAUUUAAAUUAUGCUGAGAAACAUCCCCUAGAACAGAAUAAAGAUUCAUUGAAACAAUUGAAUGAAGCUGAAGCAUUACAUGCUGAUACAAUUACUGAAUUAGAAAAAACACGUAAAUUAUUAAGUGUACAGUAUAAAAUUAAUAAAGACUAUCAAGCUGAAAUUAAAGAAUUGACAGAACGAUUAACAGAUUUAAAAGCGGAAUCCGAACAACGUCUACAUGAAUAUGCAAAGUUAUUAGAUAUUCGUGCAGUUAGAAUACAGCAAUUAGAGAAGCAAAUUCAAGAUUUAGCCUAUGGAACGAAUAAACGUAAGGCCUUGAAUAAUGACCAGUUAUCAAGUGGAAUACUUUCAACGGAGAAUGCCUUACAACCUGGAGAAAGUUUAAUUGAGUUACACAUGGGUCAGUUAAGUGUAACCACCUCUAUUCUUCAAAAAUUACAAAUGACCGACAGUGUAGUUGAACAGUCAAUACGCUUAUUUUUAACUUGGGAUUUUUAUGACUUUGAAACUCAAGCAACGCCAAUCAUUGUUGAUAAUUCAGUUGAUUUGAAUAUGACUGUACAGUAUCCAGUAGAAGUGAAUGAUGUCCUGAUGAAUUAUUUUCUCAAGGAACCAUGCACCAUUGAAAUGCAUCAAGUAGCAGACUCUAGUUAUCGUACUAUUGCUGUUGGUAAACUUGACUUUUCACAACUGUUUACCGCAAAAGACGAAGGUUUGGAAACAUUUGGCCAAGGCACUGUUAUCCGUCGACAAAGUCAUUUAGACUUGUUUCUCAUCCCUGUCGUUGGUAAUCAGAAUGACAAUAAACAAAAAGAGAAAGGUGAUAAUAAGAUAAAACUGGGGACUUUAGACUACUGGAUACGAUUGUGUUCUCCAAUGAGAGAUUCUAUAAAACUUUACAAAGAAAGAUUUCAACAAUUGCCUGGAUCUAAUAUGUUUAACAAGUCACUGCACCAAGAUAUCAUUUCGGGAAAUCGUUCUGUAUAUAAUACUUUGGUGAUUGAAAUUAGAAAAAUUUCAAAUUUGGUUAACAGUCGACCUGAUCAUCAACCACCAUCAUCAUACUUCGUGUAUCAAUUCUAUGAUAAGCCAGAAUAUGAUUCGAAUAUUAUAAAGGAGAACAGCUCACCCGUAUUUAAUGACUGCCAUUCGAUUGACUUACAAAUGGAUCCUGAACUUGAUAGUUAUUUACGAACAGAAAGCCUUAAAAUUUACAUUCUGGACAGUUCAGCUCCUGAACCUGAAGCCAGUUGUCUUGGUGUAGCUGUUGUUCCUUUAGUUGGUCUAAUUCAUAAGAAACAGGAAAUCGAUGGCGUCUAUGAAAUAUUUCCUCCAGCUAUACUUCUAAAACAACAGUUGAAUCAACAUGAGAAAUUCAAUGAAAUGAAAGAUAUUUCUGAUAAACGUGGUCUAGUGUAUUUGAAAAUGUAUUGGAAACAACCGUAUACUACUGAAUCAAAACAAGUAGUAGUAUGUAGUCAACCAGAUACAGAAAUCUCAAAAGAUUUGGAAAUUGAACCAGUUAAACAAACUGCAGAGAAGCCAUACAAAAUUCAGGGUCAAUCUGAAGAGGAAGUUUACUCCUCAACAUUAUCCAAUGUCGCCUUCACUAAUCCACCUGAUAAAUUCUCUUCUAAACAGCGUACACAUGAGAAUUUGCUACAACCUUCAACUUCAAAAAAAUCCCAAGUGGAUGUUGAUUUAGAUCCAGUGAAAGAAGAAUUAAUCGAAAAAGUCACCAGAGUGAAAGUGAAUCAGAAGCCAUACAAAAUUCAGGGUCAAUCUGAAGAGGAAGUUUACUCCUCAACAUUAUCCAAUGUCGCCUUCACUAAUCCACCUGAUAAAUUCUCUUCUAAACAGCGUACACAUGAGAAUUUGCUACAACCUUCAACUUCAAAAAAAUCCCAAGUGGAUGUUGAUUUAGAUCCAGUGAAAGAAGAAUUAAUCGAAAAAGUCACCAGAGUGAAAGUGAAUCAGACUUCAAAUCAAUCAAAUGAUCCUUCUGUCCAUGAGCAGCAAAGUGGAAAGGUAUUCUCUACACAAAGUGAAUCACGGACUACGAGAAUUCCUACUCCACAUCCGAGAACAAGACUAACUGAGAUUCAUGAUACAAAAGAAGAUACACUUAACUUGACUACAAAAAGUGGAUUUAACGAAAGUGGACUUCAAGUUAUUUUAAAGAAGCCAAUUCACAAUGACCUUGAUACUCGAAAUUCUAAACAAAUUACUCCUACUACUACUCCCACUCCUACUGUUCAGUCGUCAAUAGAUGAUAAUCAUGUGAAAAUUGAACUACAUGGUUUACAACUAACUAAUCUAUCAAAAAUACCAAAUAAUCAGAUACCAACUCAAGUAUUUGUUGAAUACUCAUUUCUUGGCUAUAAAGAACCAUUUGAAACUGGUUCUUAUCGACUAAAUGAAUGGAUGGAUGAUAAUAGAAAAAUAUUGAAAGCAAAUUUUUACUACUCUAAAAGUAAGCUGAAAAUUAUGAAAUUAUGAAUCAUGUAAGACAAUCUUAGUUGACUGAUUAAUGUCAGUAGAGAGAUCGGGUGAUUGAUAUGGGGUUGUUUGCUACUGGUUCGAAUCCUGCUCUAACUUAUCUUCUAUUUCAACCCCAACCAUUAUUUCUGUUUCUUCAAACUAAGAGAUGAUAGUCCGUGUUUUAUGCAUUUUUAUGAAGAGUUCGAUAAAAUUUACCAAUUAAACCCUUCAGUCUGAUCAUUAAACUAAAUGACCCUUGGUAUAACAGCAAAUAAACUGACAUAACUUGGGUCAAAUACUUGAACUCUUAACUGUUCUGACGAUCAUUUGGUGUUCUCCAAACUGUGACGUCUAAACUUAGACAUUUCACCAUCAGACUAGGCAACUUCAUCAGUAAUUAAUUCACAUAGAAGGAGGCAUUUUUAAGUUAUUUGAACGUCUAUAAAGAAUAUUCGCCGACCUUGAACGUUAUUACUUUGUGAAUGGAAGUGAUCUAUCAUUUUUCUGAUCAAAGAUUCACCUUUUUAAUUGUCAUUGUUUUUUGACUAGUGGUGUGUUGACCUAAUGUCUAACGAUUGAUUUGUUUAUCUGAUUUCCAGUUGGCUGAUCUCUUCUUAAUAGCCAAAAAAUUAGGUCAAUGUCCACUUGUCUGUUGAUUGCCGUUUGAUUGGAGUACCAUAAAUGCUUCCAUAAGGUCUCUUGAAGCUUUUCAACCUGCUUAUUGUAGUAUUUCCAUGUUGCCCAAAUCAGAUUUGUGGUUGCCCUCAUCUACACGUAUCAAUAUGAAUGAGGAAAUGUCAUAUUGUUUGACUGAAAUUUGAUGCUUAUAAAUUCUUCUAGCCUGUUCGACGAGUGGAUUCGCUAACAUAAUGAUCUUUAUGGACUGCAAAUUAUUUUGCAACUUUUAUUGGUUUCAUCUUCUUUUGGUUGUGCCAGAGCAUUUGAAUCGUACUGGAAAUAUGAGCGCCCAAGAUUCAGUAGGAUUAGAAAAAGUCAUCACCGUAUUGUUUUCCAGUCUGACUUUGAAGUGCUAAAGGCUUCAAAACUUAGUAACUCCGUAUUGCAUUAUCCAGUUGUCGAAAAGCUUGCAUUUAUAAAAGAGAAUGAAAAAGGAAGUCUGUGUACCUUUGACGUUGACAUUUCACUUAGCCAAUAAGGCUAAAGAAUAACCUACUUAAUUUCAGCUCUUCACCUUGCAUGUAUCGAUUUAACUGUUCCUGUGGAACUAAUUACAUAGGGCGUAUGAUUAGGCAGGUGCAUCUCCGAAUACGAGAGCAUUCACCAUCUUUGAAAAGGACGAAGUGAAGGUGGUGAAAACUUCGGUCCUAGCGCACCUAGUAGACACAGAGCACCAUAUAGAUGCCAAUAAAGCUUUCAUUGUCAUUCAUCGUAUACCGGAAACAAUACCACACGUAGCUCGCCAACGCCUUCUCAACCUAGCGGAAGUUGUCUCAAUAAGAUUGAUCAUGUCUGAACUGUGCAUUCAGAAAGAACAUGUUCAAGUGUUACUUCUCCCUUGACUUUCAGUAAACUAGAGGCCAUUAUCUUUUUGUUCACCAUCAUAUCAUUUAUCUCUAUAUGUAUCAUCCUUAUACUGAAAGAUCAAGAAGGAAAAAUCGAUUUCCUUAAAAUCCUUAGUUCUCACUCUUUUUUCAAAAUGUAAUUGCCCUUAACUUGGCUUGAUUUCACGCUGUACAUAAAGCAGUUUACAAAGUUUAUGUUCACGUCAAAAAUUAAAGUUUAUGAUUUGGCGUUUUAAAGAAUUAAGCACGAAUCUAUUCAGAGAAGACCAUCGUCUCACAGUAGAUAAGAAAUCGUUGAAGACACAGGUUUGGAAUCUAUCAGGUGAUAAGUAUAUUUGACAAAAUUGAUACUAGCUGAAGAUGAUAAGUCAUUAAGAGAGAAAGAGAAGAUAGUGGAGGAAAGAACAUUGCAUUGAGGAACGCUAGCCUCAGUAAGAAAUGAAGUGGAGUACUUCCCUCUGUGGACAGAAUACUGUUUCCUUUCAGAGAAAUAUAAAUGCAUUGAGCUGAUUAUCCAGGAAUCCGUGUGUGUCUCAGCUGGCUUGUCGAGCAAAAAAUGUUUUGGGAUACAACCAAACGGUGACGUGUAGUCUAAAAUGGCACACCUGACAUACUUGGCAUUUUUAUCAAGAUAAUAAGCAAUGUUGGGAUAUAUAUAUUGACGAACAUGCCCAGCCUUGAUUUCAUUCACUUCAUAGUUUUGAGCAAUUUUCUAUUCAGUAGUUAGGAAUGAAUAGUUCAUGCUGAAUGAUAUUCAAGUGGUAUAACCAUUUUGACUCAAGUGAAUUGUUCUGGGUACUUAUCACUGACGAACUACGCUCAAGAUGAGAAAGAGAUCGAAAUAUUCGUUCAGUGUGUAGACCACUAUGAUCUAAUCAGAGGAAUGCACAGGUUAGUGUGAAUUGUAUGCAUUGAUUGGUCACUUGAAAACAACCAAUUUUAUAUUGUCUAGUCCUGAGUGCUACCUGAAUUCUUUCGAUCAUUUGCAAUGUGCUCACCAAGCUGGAUGACUCAUUAUCUGGGUGUACUGUGAUGAGGAUUAGUUGGUUGGAGGCAAUUGGAAGCUAAGUGGUUACAUCACUAACUGAAACCCUGGCUGAUCCAGAUUCGAAUCCCAGCAAGGAUAUCAGUUUCCUCGAGCUUCCCGAUACCCCUUGCUGACAAGUGCCAAGAAGCGUGAAACCUAGGUGGUGCAGGGUUUCCUGUUGAUUGCCUCCAGUCAGUUAGUUACAUGCACUCAGAUAUUAGGCAAUGACCCAAAUCUGUUUUGUGAGAAUUGCGGAUACUACCUGGCCGUCGAUAUUCGGUAGGCGGAGCGGAGUUCGAAUCUGUGACCCAGUGGUUGAUAGUCAUCUCCCUAAGCCACAGUCAAUGACCUACAAAUAACUAACAGUGUGAAUAGCUUCUAACUAGUCUUGUUGUUAAGUUGAUAUGCAUUUCCAUUUAAAACGCUUUCUGCAUAUUCUAUUUUGCUUCAUUUUACAUAGCGUUUUCGGUAGACUUUACAGAUAAUUAUGAACAAAGACAAUAUUUAGCUAGUCUUUUGCUCCCUGAAGAUCCAAACAAUGGAAGAAUCGUUUUUAUAGUAGUUGCUGAACCGUCUACAAUGCAGUCAGGAGAGUGUGAAGAACUCGGUUAUGUUGUUAUUAAUAUACGAAAGAUGGUGAAAGACAAUCUUCUAUAUGAUCAUGCAUUUAUUCCAAUCACCUCUGCGAGAGUUGUUGGCGGAGAAACGGAAAAUAUACAAGAAAUCGGGAAACUUUGUGUAUCACUUCAUUGUCUACCGGCCCUACGAGCAAUUAUCGCAGAAAUGCCUGAUAUUCAAUUAGCCAUUUAGUAAUAAUCAUGUUGCUGCUGUAUGAUAAAAUGUGUAUUUGAUCUAAAUUAAAUUCUGUACAACCAUUC